UUAUUUAUCUCAUUUAUAAAUUCGUUUUUGUUUACAUAAUAAAAAAACUAUUACUAAUUGGUCCACUAUCUUAUUGGAAAUAUCGUGGCAUCAAUGGCCCGGAACCGACACCUAUAUUUGGCAAUACAUUGACCACAUAUUUGAAACCAUUGGCUCAGUUAGAUAGCGACUGGUGCCGGAAGUAUGGAACUGUAUUCGGAAUCUACCGAAACUGUUACCCAGAGCUGAUGGUCAGCGACCCGGAGCUUAUCAAACAAAUACUGGACACUGAAUUCAGGUCGUUUGCCGACCGCCGACCGCCGCCAAUAGACGUUAAAAGUAGUUUUUCGUUUAUAUUGCCGGCGCUUACGGGCGGUGAUUGGGAUCGCAUGCAUCGCAUCUACAAAUACGUGUUCACACCUGAAAAUGAGCUCAAAAUUAUACCAAAAGUCAACGACUGUUGCGAUCAACUAAUCGAUGCGUGGAAUCAGCGAAUCUUCGAUAAGGACAACGAGAUUGACACCGAUGUGUCGUUACGUAAUCUGGCACUGGAUAUGAUAGCCUGGACAGUGUUCGGCACUCGUGUGUCGCCAGAGUUUACCGAAGGCACCCGUAAAUUGACUCAAUGUUUGCUACCGAUGCGCUUCAUUAUGACAUUGUUUCCCAAAACUGUUGAACGCAUGUCCCGAACAAUACAACCUUAUGUUGAUAGUCAUGACAAAUAUUUUCUCGAUUAUCUUAAUCAGGAAAUUAUAUUACGUGACCGUAACGAUGAUUGCGGUAACGAUUUUUUACAGUUAUUUAUGAAUUUGCGUAAAUCAAACAGUUUUGGUCAACUAAUUUGUUCAGCGAAUUCGGUACCCGAUGUCGACCUACUCAACAAACAGGAAAUGAUUUGGCAAUUAUUUACGUUCCCGUUUUGGGGCUUUGAAUCAAUGUCCGCUACACUUGGAUUUGCAUUGUAUGAGUUGGCAUUGAAUCCCGACAUUCAGGAUCGACUACGCAAUGAAAUUAUUACUAUUUGCGAUAAUCAUAAUAAUAAUAAUAGAUCAGUAAAUAUAAACAGUUUUGAUAAACUCAUAUAUUUAGAGGCAUUCCUACUAGAAGUGCAUCGCAAGUAUCCGGUAUUUUAUCGCCUUUCCCGUCGACUCACUGAAGAUGCAGUGGUCGGCGCCGAUACAGGUAUUGUAAUGUCUAAGCAGCAGAUAAUUAACAUACCGGUGCAUGCCUUGCAUCACAAUCCUAGUUAUUAUCCGGAACCUCAGUUGUUUGAGCCUGAUAGAUUUAUGCCCGAAAACAUUGUCAAUAUCAAGCCCUACACAUAUCUGGCCUACGGUUCCGGUCCGCGUCAGUGUAUAGCCAAACGAUUUGCACAAAUGCAGCUAAAGUUAGUGUUGUGUCGAAUGCUUUGUGAAUACGAGUUCUACAAACUUAUCGAUACAACAGUACCACCAGUUUAUCGCAAGAAUCCCGAAGCCGUUACUGUUUCGCAACCUCUAGUGUUGGGUAUUAAAAAAUGGAUACAAAAUUAA